AUGAGCGCCGCGGGCCCCGGGCCCAGCCCCGGCCCCGACCCCGGCCCGCAGGAGGGGGGCCCGGGGCCCGGCCCCGGCCCGGCCCGGCCGGACAGCCCGCAGGAGGAGCUCGACUUCUCCAUCCUCUUCGACUACGACUACGACUACAAGCCGAUCGAAGAAGAACCGACUCCACAUAAAAGCAACAGCCCACCCUCUGGAGUUACAUACGCUCAUGAUGUCUUGGACUGUGGCCUCAAGCCAUGCCCCCUGCCUUUUCCUAGCCUUGCUGCAGAUCCCAUGGGCAGAUAUGGACAGCCAGAUAGCAUAGGGCCAACACCUACUCACCCUGCCAACGCUGCAGGGGCCUCUGCUCCGAGCCCUAGGAUUGAAAUAACUCCAUAUCAUGAACUGAUCCAUUCGGGGGGGCCCUUCCGCAGCAGAGACACAGAUGUUCUGUUGGCAGAACAUCAGCCAAACUCAGCCACCACUAGCCCCAGGGUUACCCUGCCUGUCCCUGGCUUUGAGGGCUACAGAGAACCACUGUGUCUGAGCCCAGCUAGUAGCGGCUCCUCUGCAAGUUUCAUUUCAGAGACAAAUGUAUCUCCUUGCACGUCUCCAUGUGUUUCACCAAAUAAUGGUCCUAGUGAUGACCUUUGUCCGCAGUUUCAAAACAUCCAUACUCAUUAUUCUCCUAGAACCUCUCCAAUAAUGUCACCACGAACAAGCACCACGGAGGAAGCCUGCUUGGGACGCCACUCACCAUCUCCCUGUCCCAACUCAAGGUCCUCGUCGCCAGGCGCAAAGCGGAGGUUCUCUUGCACGGGGCUCUACAGCGCCCAGCUGCCCUGCUCCUCGCCCCGGCAGUCCCGCAGCCCCUCUCCACAGCCCUCUCCUCGCCUGCCCCCGAGAGAGGACGCCUCUGCAGCCACUUACACGCAGCUGGCCAGCGCUGCCCUUGCCAUGGAUGCUAUGAGCAGCCUUCCCACGGAUCCCUCCUGCGGCGUCCCCACCAAGAUCUGGAAAACCAGCCCCGAUCCUUCGCCCAUGGCUUCCCACAAAAACAGCAUUCCGUGUCACGUCUUUCAGACUGUCGACUUCCACGGGCCUUGUGAGCAGGAGGACAGGAGAAACUCGGCCCCAGAAUCCAUUCUGUUGGUUCCUCCAUCCUGGACGAAGCAGCUGGUGCCUGCCAUACCAAUCUGCAGCCUGCCCGUGCAGUCCCUGCCUCCCCUGGAGUGGCCCCUGUGCAGCCAGUCUGGCCCCUACGAGCUGCGCAUCGAGGUGCAGCCCAAGCCCCACCACCGCGCGCACUACGAGACCGAGGGCAGCCGCGGCGCCGUCAAGGCUCCCACCGGGGGCCACCCCGUGGUCCAGCUGCACGGCUACAUGGAGAACAAGCCCCUGGGGCUGCAGAUCUUCAUUGGCACGGCGGACGAGCGCAUCCUGAAGCCCCACGCCUUCUACCAGGUGCAUCGCAUCACCGGCAAAACCGUCACCACCACCAGCUACGAGAAGAUCAUUGGCAACACCAAGGUGCUAGAGAUCCCCCUGGAGCCCAAAAACAACAUGAAAGCAACCAUCGACUGCGCGGGGAUCCUGAAGCUGCGCAACGCGGACAUCGAGCUGCGCAAGGGCGAGACCGACAUCGGCCGCAAGAACACGCGGGUGCGCCUGGUGUUCCGCGUGCACAUCCCCGAGCCCAGCGGCAGGGUGGUGUCCCUGCAGGCGGCCUCCAACCCCAUCGAGUGCUCCCAAAGGUCUGCUCAUGAGCUUCCAAUGGUUGAAAGACAAGACAUUGACAGCUGCCUGGUUUAUGGAGGACAGCAGAUGAUCCUCACCGGACAGAAUUUCACAGCAGAGUCCAAGGUGGUGUUCACAGAAAAAACAUCAGAUGGGCAGCAGAUCUGGGAGAUGGAGGCAACGGUGGACAAAGACAAGAGCCAGCCUAGCAUGCUUUUUGUGGAAAUCCCCGAGUACAGGAACAAGCACAUCCGCACCGCCGUCAAGGUGAAUUUCUAUGUCAUCAAUGGCAAAAGGAAAAGAAGCCAACCCCAGCAUUUCACCUACCACCCAGUACCAUCCAUCAAAACAGAGCCCAUUGAUGACUAUGAUCCAGCCCUAAUCUGCAGUCCAGUGCACAGUGCUCUGGGGACAGUAACACAGCCUUACUAUUCACAGCACACGCUGGCCACCGAGUCGCCCUCGUGCCUCGUGGCCACCAUGGCUCCUUGCCAGCAGCUGCGCUCAGGCCUCUCCUCUCCCGACUCGCGGUACCAGCAGCAGAGCCCGGCUGUCAUUUACCAGAGGAGCAAGAGCCUGAGCCCCAGCCAGCUGGGCUACCAGCAGCCCGGCCUGAUGGCCACGCCAGCCGCGCUCGGGGACGGGCACAGGUCCGUGCUGGUGCACGCCGGCUCCCCGGCGCAGGGCUCGGCCGUGCUGCAGCCCUCCCCGGGCCACCAGCAGCCCUCUCCCGUCAUCCACUACUCCCCGACCAACCAGCAGCUGAGGUGUGGCGGCCACCAGGAGUUCCAGCACAUCAUGUGCUGCGAGAGUUUCGCGGGCGGCGCGUCGAGGUCCGGCCAGGCGCAGGGCGGCCCGGCGCAGAGGCUGAGCCCCAGCUCGUACCCCACGGUGAUCCAGCAGCAGGCGGCCCCGGGCACCAGGGCGGCCAAGAACGGGCCCCCGGGCACCGAGCACAAGGACGUGCUGCCGGCAGGAGUCACCAUCAAGCAGGAGCAGAACCUGGACCAGGCCUACCUGGACGAUGUUAACGAAAUUAUCAGGAAGGAAUUUUCUGGACUCCCUGCCAGAAGUCAGACAUAGAAGAAGAGAUUUGUGAGACAACUUUUACCAAAUCCUUCCACAAGUGACCUCUUAGAUCCUUCCAGCGCCCCUGCAACCUCUGGCUUCCUUUGCAGUUCAUCUCCAGGCAGAGACUCAGUGCAAGGAACAAUGAAUUGGCACCAAGCGACAGCCUUGGCUGAGCAGCUCGCCACCUCUGUGUGUAAACAGCACGCAGGACACCCUUCCUUCCAUCCAGAGCCCUCAUUGUUCUCCUGGAACAGAGCAUCUGUCUGAGGAAACACUUCAAGCCUGCUGCAGCCCAUCUGUC